AUGGUACGUCACCGUCUGGUCUCAGGUCUUCCAGAGUCGCUUGCCCCGCUUCCUCGCUCGACUGCGCCGCCGUGCACUCCUUGCGUCGAGGGUCGGCAGCGCGCUGCCCCUCACUCCUCCUCGUUCCCCCCCACCACGACUCCCUUCCAGACACUGCACUUGGACGUCUGGGGCCCCUCCCCGGUCCGUGGCCCACGUCAGGAGCGCUACUUCCUGAUCGUGGUGGACGACUACUCCCGCUACACCACGGCAGUCCGCUACGCCGCGCACCAGCUGAACCUGUGGCCUAGUGACGCACGGCCACGGGUGACGCCAGUCUCCCUUUGGACAGGUUCUCCGGGUGUAGCAGCUGAUUACCGCGUCUGGGGUUCCCUGGCCCACGUUCGCGCCCCUGGCGCGAACAAGUUGUCUCCGCGCACCCGUGCCUGCGUCUUUCUUGGCUUACCGCUCGUCACCAGCGGUUGGCAAUUCUACGACCCGGUUACCUGUCAGUUCUUCAGUUCCCAGGACGUCACUUUCGACGAGUCGGUCAGUUACUACAGGAGUCGCCCCCACCGAGGUUCUGAGGCCUUUCCCCCCCCGCUGUUCCUCACUCUUGAGCCCCCCCCAGUCGCCCCAGUAGCCCCACCCCCUUCGCGUCCUGCCCCGUCAGGUGUGUCGCACGUCACUCCGCAGUCGCCCCCCCGGCAGCGUCCAGUCCCUCUCGUGUCCGGGGGUGCAGGAGGGGCAGUUGCGGAGAGUGAGGGUACUGGGGCUGUUGGAGCCCGUGGUGCCGGCUUUGGGGGUGUAGGGGGUGUGAGAGAGGAGACCACUCCUGAGGAGGACACGGCUGUCUCGACUCAGCGGCCUCGCCCUGCCUCACCCCCUGGCUUCCCGUCUGUUCCGCAGUUCCCUCCUCGUUCGCCUCCGCGGCCGGUUGCUGCGGAGCCUGGGGGUGUUCCUGCCGGAGGCAGUGGAGUCCCUGGGGGUGUUGUCGGUGGAGGUUCUGGUUCUGGGGGUGCUGGAGCCGGAGACACGAGCACUGCGACGCCUACGGCGCGCACUGUACGCUUCCUCACCCGUGUGCAGCGUUUAAACAGGUCGGAGAGGGAGGAGCGGGAGCGGUUUGAGAGGGCACGACAGCAGCAGCAGCAGCAGCAGUAG